CACUCCAUGUACUUUUUUCUCUCGAGUUUGUCCGUUCUAGAUCUGUGUUUCUCCACAAAUGUCACUUCCAAAAUGCUAGAAAACUUCUUAUCUGAGAAGAAGACCAUUUCAUACACAGGUUGUUUGGUGCAGUGUUAUAUUGUCAUUGCUGUGAUCCUUACAGAGCACUGCAUGUUGGUGGUCAUGGCGUAUGACCACUACAUGGCCAUCAAUAAUCCACUGCUCUACAGCAGCAAGAUGUCCAAGAGUGUCUGUGUCCGCCUGGUCAUUGUCCCUUAUGUCUACGGCUUCCUCCUCAGUGUGAUGGAAACCUUGACGACCUACAACCUCUCCUUCUGUGGUGCUAAUGAAAUCAACCAUUUCUACUGUGCUGACCCUCCUCUUAUCAAACGGUCAUGCUCUGACACCUACAGCAAAGAGCUGUCGAUGUACAUAGUCGCUGGCUACAGCAAUGUGCAGUCCCUCGUGAUCAUCCUCACGUUCUGCAUGUUUAUCCUUGCAGCUAUCCUCAGAAACCAUUCUGCAGAGGGGAGAAAAAAAGCUUUCUCGACAUGUGGCUCCCAACUGACAGUAGUCACAAUCUUCUACAGAACCCUCUUCUGUAUGUACUUGAGACGCCCCACAGAGGAGUCCAUGGAACAGGAGAAGAUGGUGGCCGUGUUUUACACCACGGUGAUCCCCAUGCUGAAUCCCAUGAUCUAUGGCCUCAGGAACAAGGAUGUGAAAGAGGCCUUGAGAAAAGCAACAGGAAAGCAAAAAUCAGGGAAAUGA